AUGUCGAAGCAGACUGCGGAAAAGUCGGUACGUAUGCGCAGAGCACGGGAGCUUGAGGCCAUGACUCAAGGCGGGAAGAAGCGAGAGCAAUGGGAGAUCUUCAUGGGCAAGCAUCUACCUGGCGAGCGCGAAUUCUUCCACAAGUAUCAAGCAGAGUGGAACUUUGCCCUACUAGGCCGGAAACAAUAA